GCAUCGCGCUAAAUCAGUCGAUGAUGGCGUCAAGAGAAUGUAAAUAGUUAAUUAAGACAGUGUAUUCUUUUAUAAAAAAUUUAUACUUGUUUUGUUUUUAAUGUGCCGAAAAUCAUUUAAAUAUCUUAUUUAACAUUUGACCAACAAAUUUUGCACUUAGAUUUGAUCUCAUUUAUUUUUACAAACGAAAAUGGAUCAAGAUAAUUGUUCACUAACGUGUUCUGUUACAAUCGAGAGAACUAAUUCACAAGGUUCGAUUUUAAAGAAGGCGAAUCAUCGGACAGCAACUUUACGUUUAGUCAGAAAUAAUCUUCGUGAAAUGUUUAUUGAAGUACGCGCAGAGAAAGCAAAUUUAUUGACAAAGCUAAUGUUGAAAUCUAUAUCUGUUUUCAAUAAAUUUAUGACCGAAGGUAAAGCUUCUAUCAAGUUUAAAGAAGAGAAUUGCACACUGUUUCUGUCAAAUGCACCGACAGCGCAACUAAUCAAUUUUUUGAAAACGAUAUACAUUAAAAUUUCGGGCAACUCGGAUCAAGUAGGGAAAAAUCUAUUAAGAGAAAGACUUCUUUCUAACAAACCGAUCGGCGAGCAUCAAGAAAUUAGUCCUGCUACAAGUGCUGAAAUAAAUAAAGCGAAAGAAAAAGCUAUCGCUAUAUCACGUGCAACAAUAACGACACCAUCUCCUAGCGUUGUUAAAAAGAGGAAACGAUCGAAUGAAAAUUCAUCGAAGUCAUCUACUGCAAGGAAACUAUACGAGAAUCCAACCGCAGGAGAAAUUAAUGAAGAACAAAGUAGAAUUCUCGAUGCAGUUAUUAGCGGUAAAAAUGUAUUUUUUACUGGUAGCGCAGGUACUGGAAAGUCAUUUUUGUUAAAAAAGAUAAUAGCUGCUCUCCCUCCUGAUGUCACGGUAGCUACAGCAAGCACAGGAGUAGCAGCAUGCCACAUAGGUGGUAUAACUUUGCAUCAAUUUGCUGGAAUUGGAUUAGGAACCGCGAAUUUAGACAGGUGCUUUCAAAUGGCUUCACGUAAUUCCUCUGCAACUGCAUGGAGAAAAACAAAACAUUUAAUUAUAGAUGAAAUUUCUAUGGUUGAUGGGGACUAUUUUGAUAAGAUUGAAGCUGUUGCUAGACAUAUUCGAAAGAACGAAAGACCAUUUGGUGGAAUACAAUUGAUAUUGUGUGGAGAUUUCUUCCAAUUACCACCAGUCUCAAAAGAAAACAAAGCAAAGUUCUGUUUUCAAAGUAAUGCAUGGAAAAAUUGCAUACAUUUUAAUUUUGAGUUGCAAACUGUUCAUAGACAAAAAGAUCCUGAGUUUAUUAAGAUCUUAAACAAUAUUAGAAUAGGUAGAGUGACAAAUGAAAUUGCAGAAAAGCUUAAAUCAACAGCUAAACAGAAAAUAGAAAGUAAUGGCAUUUUAGCAACAAGACUUUGUUCUCAUGUAAACGAAGCUGAAGAAAUCAAUCAAUUUCAAUUGAAUGAGUUAAAAGGUGAAUCUAAAACUUAUAUAGCCCAAGAUUCUGACCAGUCAAUGACUGCCACAUUGAAUCAACAAUUAACUGUUCCUGAUAAGUUAAUAUUAAAAGUAGGUGCUCAAGUAAUGCUAUUAAAAAAUAUAAAUAUUGCAAGUGGUUUAGUAAAUGGUGCAAGGGGCAUAGUUAUUAAAUUUGCAGAAAAUGUACCUGUAGUUCAGUUUAAAUCAGGCUUCCAAUAUCAUGCAAAAUUAGAAAAGUGGAAUUUAAAAACAAAUACAGGAAGUAUUAUUCAUAGGAUACAAAUUCCAUUAAAAUUAGCAUGGGCUUUCUCCAUUCAUAAAAGUCAAGGUUUAACUUUAGACUGUGUUGAGAUGUGUCUUACAAGAGUUUUUAAUGCUGGUCAGUCAUAUGUGGCUCUUUCAAGAGCACAAAGUUUACAAUGUUUAAGAGUUUUAGAUUUUGAUAACAAGCAAGUAUGGGCUCAUUCAGAUGUGCUUAUGUUUUAUAAAAAAUUUAGAAGAAAUUUACAAGAAAUGGAAAUGAUUCCUUUAGGAAAGAAGCAAAAAAUAUAAUUAGAUGAUAUAAAUUAAAUAUAUAGAUGUAUAAAUAUAAAUAUAUAAAUAAUA